AUGCCUUCCAGCGAGGCGGCCGUCGCCUGGUUCGAGGAGGCUGUCUGGGUGGUGCUGUUCGAGCGGCGACAGCUGCAGCGGCUGGCGCAGGCGCGCCGCCUGCCCACCGUCACGGCCACUGUACUCGUCUGGUACCCGGGCGAGGCGGCGCUCUACUGCAACCGGGCCCGCUGCAAGGAGCGCGUGCUCACGGCGGUGUCCGGCGCGCUGGGAUACGCGCACGCGCGGCCCAUCCGGCUCUCGGGCCGUCGCCUUUCCACCAUGCGACUCAUGUUCACGGCCAGCACCAGCCGCAAGUUCUACGACUGCAGCAUUCCCGGCGAUGAGUACCCGC